AUGACUGAUGACCUAAAAAUAUUUACAAAUUUAGCAAGCCUGCAAGAAAAAUCAAUGCUUCAUUUGGCUAUUGCAAACGAUCGUGUUGCUGUUACUCAGUUAUUGCUGAGUCUUGGCGCUGAUCUACAACAAAUCACUAUGAAAGGUCGUUCUUUACUGCAUAUCGCUGUAAUCAAUGAUGCCGCAAAGUGCUUGAUGUUUCUUCUCACUUCUUUUCGAGAAAAGGAAAAGUAUAAAGGUAGAGAAGAUGGUUGGAUACCAACAACUAAGUUCAUAAUGCAUUGCGACUCCAAUGGGGAGAAUUUGCUACAUUUGGCAUGCAGGUUGCGCAGAAAUCGUUGUUUGAAGGCUGAUCAUACUGUGAAACAGUGUGGUUGGCUCACUUUAGAAGAGAUGUUACAGCAGUGUAAUCAUAAUAAGCAGACUCCGAUACACGUAGCAUGUCUUUCGAAAAGUGUUGUAACAGUAAAUUUCUUACUAACCAGUCAUCUUAACAAGUUUUUAACAAAAAUUUGUAAAUUAAAAGAAAGUCAUUUCAUAGCAAAUACUCUCAGGGAUGUCUCAGUGCGAACAUUGCUGUGGAGAAUUGAACGAGGUACAAUACUGCACGAGCUUACAGCGAUGAAAUGCAAUUCUGCUUACUCGUUUGAUAAACACUUAUCGUCCUCACUGAAUCUAUUGAAACUGGAUGUAUAUGAUGAAUGCAGGAGAGUCUUUCAUACUUUAUCAAUUUUUAACAAUAAAAAAUGGGCAAUACUGAAGCAGAGUAAGAAAUUCAAGCUUGUGGAUCCAAUUUUCCACACAGCAUUGCAUCACGCAGCUCUGUGGGGUAGGUUACUCCAGAUAAAGAUACUUUUGAAAUGUGGUGCAUCUUUGAAAGAACAGGAUGAAUACGGUGCAACUCCAAUGCAUCAUGCUGCGAUUCGAGGACAUGCUGAAACACUUAAGCUUUUAUAUAAAGCUAAUAAAUUUAAAGAUGAAAUUGUUACAAAUAGUGGACACAAUGCAUUUAUGUGGGCAGCAAUGCAUGGUUUUGAUAGUUCUAUCCGAACUAUGUUGGAUACUAAUCCAGCAAUAAGUCGAGAAGAUUAUGAUAGAAAUGGUUGUACUGCACUUCAUUUAGCCGCGAAUUAUGAUCAUGUUGGGGUUGUGAGCACGUUGCUUGCGUUUAACUGGAAUCUUGAAAAGCAGAAUAAGUUUGGCCAGACACCUUUAUUAUUAGCUGCUAAAAACGGGUGUUCAGCAACGGUGCGUCGUCUUCUUCGUGCUGGUGCCAACUACGCUGUUGAAGAUAAAUCGAAAAACAAUGUCCUUCAUUUGGUAGCAGAUUCGGAUAGCAAACAAGAAACUUUGCUUGAACUCUUAAAUUUUACAAACAACUCAACCGUGAUAAAUUCGCGAAACAACAUGGGAAAGACUCCACUUCAUAUUGCUGCUGAAUGUAAUUCUGUUCAAUGUAUACGGUGCUUAUUUGAAUAUGGAGCAGAUCCAUUAGUCAAAGAUUACCGUGGAUGGGAUCCUUUCAUGGUUGCGAUACAAAGAGGAUGUUGGUCUACAAUAAUUGUUAUGAUUAAGUCCAAUUUGCUUGAUUUCCGGAUAUUUCAUCCUGUACAUUUUAUUUGCGUAUUGCACAAUUUGAAAUCAGAAUUAGUCAUAGUGAUUAUUUUUUUUAGAAAUCCUUCCAGUUCCACCUGCUAUUCAACUGUUAAUCGUUUCACAACAUUAUCACUGGCUUUAGAAAUGAAGAACUUUAUACUUGCAUCCUUUUUAGAAGCCAACAGCGAAAACGAAAUAAAAGACGUAGCUGCGCGAAAGUCUAAUUUCUUACUUGAUCAUAUACUCUUAAAUAAGUCCAUCAAAAAAACCGCAGAAAGAUUUAUUCAAUAA